GUCGUCUUAGCAUUCUUAAUUUAAUAUCUUGAAUAACCACUGGCAGUCAAAGAGGUUUAUAUUCAUCUAAUUGAUUUGGUUCCAACACUGGACUUUCAAGUUCUUCUGGCACCAGUGACAAAAGAACCCCCCAGCCCCGAGGACAACCAUGGUGACCUGUUCCAUGAUAAUUGGGCUCAUCUUUACCCCGGUUGGGUGGGUCCUGCUUCUGGCUGCCACGGUAACCCCACAGUGGAGAGAAUUUCCCCAGAGACCCGGCUACUCCCUGGACCUCUUCUUCUACGACGGUCUGUGGGAGACCUGCAGGGAAGUGACAACCCUCAACACCCCUGAGUGCAAACCUCUCCCGGAGGAGAUAGCAGUGUCGUGGUGGAUUCAGCUCCAGAGGGCUACCGCAAUCAUCUCUGUGGUCAUGGGAGCCCUGAGUUACCUUGCAGCCCACCUGGGGGUUCGCUGGUGGGGUGAUGCCCCUAAUCAUAACCUCAUUGGCACUGCGGGGGUAUUGAUAUCCUUCUGGGGAGUGAUCUACGUCUGCAUAGUGUCCUGCAGGGCUUACCAAAUCCUGGCAGCAGUCAGAGACUCAAGCGUUGACGUCCAGGACAAGUUUAGAGUAGGAACGUGCCUGUAUCUUGGCUGGUUAGGGGGGUCCAUACAAGUAGCGUCAGGGGUCGUACUCAUGUGUAAUUUCAGCUGCCAGGGGAAGUGUUUCAUCAGACAAGACACCGGGCCCUAUGAAGCUGAUUACUAGAAGAGACGGUGAAGAAGUCAUCGCUGUCUGAUUGAGUACGUCUGCCUUGAUUUGAAUGUAAUCUUCCGCUUCCUGGGUCACAUCACAAGCCUCUCUGUUGACUUUAUCAAUGCGAAUAAAAAUCCAAUCAAUUGGCGAAGCUUUUAAUAGGGCGGGGUGAGGUAGUUA